AGAGGAAAUAAAUAAUACUCGGAAUUUUCUAUGUGACAAGUGCAAAUGCGACUUUAGACAGUAACUACUUGAAAGUGGUAUUGAUAAGAUGAAGUACUUCGCGUUGCUAGCUAUACUUUGUGUUAACGCUAUAUUAGUGGCCGAGACUACAGAUAAAAUUAUCUGCUAUUAUGCUUCAUGGGCCCAUUACUACCCAGGCAUCGGAAAAUUAGCUGCUGCUGACCUGAACGCCACACUAUGCACCCACAUAGUUUACUCCUUCAUGGGAAUCACCAAAGAUGGAGAAGUGAAAAUUAUAGAUCCUUCUUUAGAUAUUGAUUCGGAAGCUAUAAAAAACACUGUGGCUUUGAAGAAAGUCAAUCCAAACUUAAAAGUUCUGGUUGCUGUCGGAGGAUGGAAUCGAGGCGCUGGAGCAUUUUCCCAGAUUGCCGAAAAUCCUGACCUUCGCAGAAGGUUUAUUCAAAACAGUAUAGACUUUGUACAAGAACACAAACUGGAUGGAAUGGACAUCGAUUGGAGGUACCCAGCUGGGAAGGAAGGGCUACCAAAGGAUAAAGAAAAUUUUGUGAUUCUUCUCCAAGAAUUUCGAAGCGAAUUUGAUAAGAAAGGAUACAUUUUGAUAGCUUCAGUAAGUGGUACUCGAGACCAAAGGCAAACAUCAUAUGACGUACCCGGUUUGAACAAGCAUCUGCACUAUAUAAAUGUGAUGGCAUAUGAUCUGCAUGGUAGUUGGGAAGAGAAAACUGGAGCUCACGCACCUUUCGCCGGCACUUCUGGAUACAUCCCCGGUUUGAGUGUUACGUCUAUUAUCGAACAAUGGAUACAAGCAGGCGCCUCACCCGGUAAACUAAUAUUGGGAGUUCCGUUUUAUGGAAGGACCUUUACACUGACAGAAACAAGCAACAGUGAACAAGGUGCACCGUCAAUAGGACCUGGACGUCCAGGACCACUUACACGUGAAGCCGGAGUACUUUCAUAUGCGGAGAUUUGCAAUAAUAUAAAAAAUUCUGGAUGGGUGGAAAAAUACGACGAUGUAGACGAAAUGCCCUACUCCUUUCACGAAGACCAAUGGGUAGGAUAUGAUAACGUGCGUUCCUUGGGAAAAAAGAUAGACUAUGCAAUAUCAACAGGCCUAGGAGGAAUUGCUGUUCGGACUAUUGAUCAAGAUGACGUUAAAAAUGUGUGCGGGGGAGGACCGUGGACCCUAUUAACAUCAAUAAAUAAACGACUUGAAUCAGUAAAUUCUCAACUAAAUAUAGAUCCUAGGUCUGGUAUAUAAAUUGGUGUUAAAACCGCCAUUCAGCAAUAAAUUAUCUUUUGGACCAAUUAAA